AUGUUGUUUUUCGCAUUCUUGCUCUUGUUCAUUUUCCAGCCUGCUUAUUCAUUGAUUGAUGAUGAUGAUAAUAAUAAUCAUCAACAAUGUACCAAAGAUUCUUGUGCAUCAAUAACAUCUUCUACCUAUUAUGUUUUGUAUGAUGUUAAUCAUGGAGAAGGCUUUAAUUUACGUCGUGAUGUUUAUAUAAGAAUGGCUAAUCUUAUUCAUACACUUCGUGAACAUAAAUCAACAGACUCGAAUUGGGUUCUUGUUCUUCCACCAUGGGGUCCACUGUACCAUUGGUUUUCUCAUAAUCUUCCACGGACUCAAUUGGAAUGGUCACAUUUUUUUGAUAUAAAAAGUCUUUCACGUUUUAUACCUGUUAUUGAAUUUGAAGAUUUUCUUCAGUUAUUCACAUCAUCAUCAUCAUCUUCGUCAACAUCUCAAAUAACAAUUCCAUAUGUGUAUACAUUACAACAUUUUAGUGAAGGAUGGGGAGAACAUUUUGAAGAAAAAUUAGAAAUACGUAAAUGCAAUGAGGAACCAAUGUAUGAAAAAAGAAAUGAUAAUUAUUAUUAUGGAUGGUUUUUUGGUUAUAACGAUCGAGUACGUGCUCGACAAUUUCAGUGUCUAUCAGCUCAAGGUUUUGUUACUGUCCUUGUGGAUUUUUUAAUUCAAAAUAUAACAUGGUUAGAUGAUAGAAAUAAAAAACAAUUUGUAAAAAGUAUCAUGUUUGAUCGAGCUGAAACGUUAUUGCAUGUUGACUAUGGUGGUUAUAAUUAUUGGCGAGCAAGACGUAGUAUGAGAUAUGCAAAACAACUUGUAGAUCUUGGUAAUCGUUUUCGUGCUGAUUAUUUAAAUUCAACGGAUUUAAUCGAUCGUACUGUUCUUAUUGAUGAUUGGACUAAAAUGAAACGUCAUCAUAGUCAAGCUAUGGGUGGUCCUUAUAUUGGUAUUCAUUUGCGUCGUCGUGAUUAUAUAAAAGCACGUCCAGGAUAUGUUCCAUCUCUUGAACAUGCUGCUCGUCAAGUGUGCCAUCAUCUAAAUCGUUUGAAUCUGUCGCUUACGUUUAUUGCAACAGACGCUGAUGAAAAUGAAAUUGAUACACUUCGUCAACAUGCUCAUCAAUUAUGUGAGAUAUCGAGCAAUCAAAUAUAUACGUAUAGACCCAAUGAAAAAGUUCUAGAGAAAAUUUUAGAUGGCGGUAAAGCCAUUGUUGAUCAAUGGAUAUGUGCACAUGCUCGUUAUUUUAUUGGUAGUUAUGAAUCAACAUUUAGUUUUAGAAUACAAGAAGAUAGAGAAAUACUUGGUUUUGAACAAGAUUCAACUUUCAAUCGACUAUGUGGAGAUCAUGAAGAUUUUUCCUUCAGCCUAAAUAUGGAAUUACUCUCAUUUCAAUUUACUACCUUUGAUAUUACUAUUUCUAUAGUACUACUCAUAAUAGCACUGAUUGCAGUAUAUUGGUUUCAGCGUGAGCCAUCCUCAUCUAAAUCAGACGAUAUCAAACAAACAAUUAGAAACUUUCGAAUAGACAAUGUAGGAGUGAAAGGAACAGGAGCUUCUCAAGAAGGCAGUUUUGUAGAUCGUAUGAUACAUUCUAAUAAGAAAAUGGUUGUAUUUUAUGGUUCGCAAACGGGUACAGCAGAAGAUUUUGCUCAGCGUAUAGCUAAACAAGCUAAACGUUAUGGAAUAUCUGCAGCUGUCUGUGAUCCUGAAGAAUGUGAUAUGGAAGAACUAAAACGAUUAAUAGCGAUUGAUAAACACUUAGCAUUGUUUUGUUUGGCAACAUAUGGUGAAGGUGACCCAACAGAUAAUGCUCAAGAAUUCUAUGAAUGGUUACGUGGAGAUGAACGAGAUUUAACUGAUCUACAUUAUGCUGUUUUCGGCCUUGGUAAUAAAACAUAUGAACAUUAUAAUGCUGUCGGCAAACUUGUUGAUAAACGUAUAGCUGAAUUGGGUGGUGUUCGCGUAUGUGAGUUAGGUCUUGGUGAUGAUGAUGGGAAUGUUGAAGAUGAUUUUAUGGCAUGGACAACUAUAUUUUGGCAAAAUGUUUGUCAUAAAUAUGAACUCGUAAUAAAUACUGAUGGAGCAUCAAUGAGACAAUAUAAACUUGUUCCAGGGCCAUUUUCUGUUGAUAGUGUUUUCACUGGUGAAAUAGGUCGAUUGAAAUCUUAUGAAAAACAAAAACCACCGUAUGAUGCUCGCAAUCCAUAUUUAGCACCAGUUACUAAAAGUCGUGAAUUAUUUCAAAAGGAUUGUCUUCGUUCGUGUUUGCACUUAGAGUUGGAUAUAUCAGCAACAAAUAUAAAAUAUGAAGUUGGCUACCACGUGGCUGUAUUUCCGUCAAAUGAUGUAACUUUAGUUAAUCGUGUUGGUGAAUUACUUGAUGUUAAUCUGGACGAAAUUAUUGCACUUGUUAAUGUGGAUGAGGAUGCACAAAAGAAAUUUCCAUUUCCCUGUCCAUGUAGUUAUCGUACUGCAUUAACAUACUACUUAGAUUUAACAAGUAUGCCCAAUACACAAAUACUUAAAGAAAUAGCACAAUAUGCCACAGAUGAGAAUGAUAAAACUCUAUUAACAUUAAUGGGCUCGUAUAGUGAAGACGGAAAAAUUAAAUAUAAAGAGUGGAUACUUGAUAGUUGUCGUUCAAUAGUUGCUAUUCUUGAAGAUUUAUCAUCAUUGAAACCACCACUUGAUCAUUUAUGUGAAUUAUUACCACGUUUACAUCCACGUUAUUAUUCCAUAUCAUCAUCAGCAAAAGUUCACCCAACGUCUAUUCAUAUUACAGCUGUCAUUGUUCAUUUUGAAACACCAACAAAACGUGUUGCAAAAGGCGUUGCAACAAAUUGUUUCAAAGAAUUAUAUAUGAGACAUCAAGCAAUAGGUUGUGCUCAACAUAAAGAAGACGAUACUUGUCAUUUACCUAAUCGUCUUCCAAUUUUUAUACGUAAAUCAUCAUUUCGUUUACCAUUUCGAUUUCAAACACCAAUUAUUAUGAUUGGUCCUGGUACUGGUUUAGCACCAUUUCGUGGUUUUAUACAAGAACGUCAUUUUUUUAAAACUCAAGGUAAACCCGUAGGUGAAACAAUUCUUUAUUACGGUUGUCGAAAUCGAGCUGAAGAUUAUCUAUAUGAAGAAGAAUUAAACUAUUUUAUUAAAGAAAAUGCACUUGAAUUACAUGUUGCUUUUUCACGUGAUCAAGAGGAAAAAAUUUAUGUAACACAUUUAUUAAAAGAUCAUGGAGCGAAAUUAUGGAAAUUAAUAAAAGAAGAUAAUGCUUCGAUUUAUGUUUGUGGUGAUGCAAAAAACAUGGCUAGAGAUGUGCAUUCUAUUUUAAUCGAUAUUGCUCAAACUUAUGGUAAUAUGACGUUGGAACGAGCCACAGCAUUCAUUAAAGAUCUAACACAAAAAGAUAGAUAUUCGCAAGAUGUUUGGAGUUAA